UGUUAAUCUCUUAGCAACGGAAAUAAACAUGACAUCUGUAGUUAGUGAAUGUCUUCAUCCAUUAUUUUGAUCGAAUAUAAUAUAAAACCCGGAAAAUAUUUAUUUUUCUAUUUAAAAUUCAGUAAAACCUUCAUUAAUAAAUGUUAAAACUAUUAGCAUAUUUGAUCUGUCAUUGUUAUACAAGUCUCAAGUUUUGAUGACGAAAAGCUUGGUUUAAGAAAUUUAAAUUUAAUCUUGCUUUAUCAAAUUACAUCGCUUGUAAAAUGAGCAAUAGAAAUCAUUCCAUUGAUACCAUAGAAAGCAGUAAUUCAGGAAAUAGAAGCAACGUUACUUUAGAUACUGCAAAUUUGAUUCCAGGAGAUGUAAAUAUUCAGUCAUCCAACAGGACUUCCUUUUCACCUCAAACGUGGUUAUUCCAAAGUUUAAGUGGUAUUCGUAGCAGUCAAAGUAACGAGAACAGUGUAAAUAAUGGAGAAAAUAGUCGAAAAUUGGGAACAUUUUCUGGAGUAUUCGCACCAGUAUGUCUUUCGAUGUUUAGUGCCCUUCUGUUUCUUCGAAUAGGUUUCGUUGUUGGCUUUGAUGGCUUGUUGUUAAUGAUUGCUCAGCUUUUGCUCGCAUAUAUUAUUCUUGUUGCAACUGUCUUAUCAAUUUGUGCAAUAUCUACAAACGGAGCUGUUGAAGGUGGUGGUGCUUAUUUUAUGAUUAGUAGAGCCUUAGGUCCUGAAUUUGGAGGAAGUAUUGGAACAUUAUUUUUUCUGGCAAAUGUAUUUUCAAGUGCACUUUACGUCACCGGAUGUAUUGAAGGAUUUGUAGAUGAUUUCGGACCAUCAGGAAGUAUAACUUCAUACUUUCCAUCAGAAUUUUGGUGGCGUUUUUUGUAUGGAUCAUUCCUUAAUUUUUUUAAUCUAAUUGUGUGUCUUAUCGGCGCUUCGAUGUUUGCACGAACCUCGUUAAUAAUUUUUUUUGUCGUUAUUGCAAGUGCUGCAUCUGUGUUUGUUAGUUUCAUGGCACAAAAACCUUUUUCUGUUGCUUUGCCGGAAGAAAAUACUUAUAUUAGACAAUACAAUAUUUCACGUGCCAAUUAUACUGGAUUCAAUUGGGAGACAUUCAAGGAAAAUUUGUGGAGUAAGUACAUUCAAAUUAAUUUGUAUAAUCCAGUUCUAGUAAUGUUUUUUCUAGGUAUUAUUUUAAGACCUGUAGCAAAAUAUUCCUAUCACGGAAAUCCAAUACUUGGAGUCUUUAUUUCUUGGUUUCUUGUUCAGCUGAUAUUAUUUAUUGGAUCAUUAAAUAUGAUUGCUCAGAUUACAUCGGUGUUCUUUUUGCUAUCUUACUUUGCCACAAAUUUAGCAUGUUUAGCUUUGGAUUUAGCAUCUGCUCCUAAUUUCAGACCCUCAUUUAAAUAUUUCUCUUGGCAUACAACAGUAAUUGGUUUACUCGGCUGUCUUGUAAUGAUGUUCUUUAUUAGUCCUCUGUUUGGUUCCGUUGCCGUAUUGCUAUGUUUAAUCUUGUUCAUAGUGCUACAUCUCAGAGCUCCUACUGUUCAGUGGGGCUCUAUUAGUCAAGCAUUGAUUUUUCAUCAGGUCCGUAAAUAUCUUCUACUUCUGGAUAGCCGAAAAGAUCACGUCAAGUUCUGGCGUCCGCAGUUCCUUCUUUUGGUUGCAAACCCUCGUUCCUGUAUUCCCCUUAUUUCAUUCGCUAACGAUUUAAAGAAAAGUGGAUUGUACAUUAUAGGACAUGUGAAGAUUGGUAAUAUAUCAGAUCAUGAAACUGAUCCAGUUGCUGAAGAAUAUCCUUUGUGGUUAUCACUUCUAGAUAAAUUAAAGGUUAAAGCAUUUGUAGAAGUGACUUUAUCUCAGAGCGUGAGAGAUGGUUUGCUUCAUUUAAUUAGAAUUUCUGGUUUGGGUGCUAUGAAACCAAAUACAAUACUCUUUGGGUUUUUAGACGACGCCGUUCCUAUGGACUUUUUUGAGAAUAAUAAUUCUUUUCAAGAUCUUUAUCAUGUCUCUCUUGGAGAUAGAAUCUUCUUGCAGUUAAGAGGAAGGGAAGAUUCGCGUUCCUUGUCAGUUAUCGAAUACGUAUUGAUGAUUUACGACGCCAUUUACCGUCUGAAGAAAAACGUCUGCAUUGCUCGCCAUUUCCACACACUCAACAAGUCAGAAGUGAUAAAUUCUAGAAAAAUAAGCUACAUCGACGUGUGGCCGAUCAAUUUCUUUUCACCCCAGACUCUCGUCGAUAUCGACAAUUCCUGGUUAUUUAUUUUACAGCUGGCUUGUAUCUUGAACAUGGUUCCCGGAUGGAAAACCAAGACCAUUUUGAGAGUAUUUAUGUGUAUGGAGCCAAGCCUCGGCGAUUUGGGAGUUAGGCAAGAACAGUGGAACACCAUGCUUCAAAUGUUGAGGAUAAAAGGUACGAUCAAAAGCAUUCCUUGGGAGCACAUUACCGUUUUACAAAAGCGUUCGCAGGAAUUUGGUCAUUUCCCACCGAAAACAUAUCUGCAUGGGGUUAAUGAAAUGAUCAGAACACACAGUCAUAACACAUCGGUUGUUUUUAUCUAUCUACCCGUACCUCCGAAAGAGGAGAAAUUAUAUGCAGAUUAUUUAGAGAGCUUAGAUAUUUUGACAUCUAAUCUUCCGCCUACACUCUUAGUCCAUGGCAUUAGUCCAGUUACAUCGACUACAUUAUAAACAUAAUUAAGUGUACAACAUUCCAUCACUUUUAAAUUAAAUUACAAAGAAACUAUUUAAAUUUGAUCAGUUUCAUAAUAUACAAACAAAUAAAUAUGCAAAGGAUACAUAUACUAUUUUUAAUGAAAAUCACUUUUUUUAGCAUAUUUUUUCCGAAUUUUUAGAAUUGACAAUUAUGCAAAAGUAUAGUUUAGUUUAUGGCAUUGGUAAAGAUAUUUUCUAACAGGGCAUAGAAUUACGUUUUAAAUUAAUGCAUUGUGGAAUUUAGUCACACUCUGCUUUGCGGCAUCAUUCCGAGCUCUCCGAUAAAGUCCUGAAGGUGUUUGAGUCUUUUGGCCUGUUGUCAGGGGUUCACAUCCAGAAAAACUUGAAAUUUGAAGAUGGACACGCAUCACCGAGAGGCUCAAAGCCCGAAACAGUAAGGGUCUCGAGUACUUUUAAGCUUUCGGAGUGUGUGCAUCACAAAAGAAACCAUCGAUUUAGAGUGUCUUUUGCAGAGCGUACUCAUGAUGAUAAGACGAAAGGCUCAAAGGCAUUUGGGACUUUAUCUAUUAUCUCUCUGGUAAAGUGGAGCGUAACUAAAAAUUUAGAGAUUUGUCUUAGUGUUGCAGAACGCAGAAUGCUUCGAUAAGUAUUGUUUAAUAAUUGAGGAAGUCAAAAACAUUUUGUAGCAUUAUUUUAAUGUCGUGAUUCCUACAGCAAUGCAUGACUAGAUAAACAAAUCUGUGAUAUAUACAGUAUAUACGCGUUGUAAUUGAUUCGUUAAUUCAUAUUUUAUAUGCGUUAUAUUUUAUAAAGAUGUAAAUUUAGGAAAACAUUUACCAGACAAGCUGGCUUGCUGCCUUUUACUGCUAGUGACGACAAAUAAUUUAAUAUAUUUUGUAUAAAACAUUUUUUUUAAUGUAAUUUUAUAUCAUAAGUGAUUUCAUUUGGGUAGUUCCCAUUAGAUGUAAUUAAUUAUAUUAUUAGACUUAUACCUAUUAUAAUUUGUAGCAAAGAAAUGUUUGUAAAUGUAUAUAUAGACUGCAUAAUAAGUAUUUAUCAUGCUAGUUGUAUACUUAAAUAAAAGAUUUUGCCGCUGUU